AUGUUGUCUCUAAGUGUGGAUCCGGAAGAGUAUGUUCAGCUGGCCCAGAGCGAGGAGGCACAGCAGGCUCUGGUUCGUGCGCGUCACGGCGAGACGUCGGAGCCUGUGUACCACCUGCCGCAUGCAGGUCGCUAUGACACAGAACCGAUCCCAAAGUUCCGCUUGCCGGAGCACGGUAUCUCGGCGAAAGAUGCGUAUGAGCUUAUCAAGAACGAUCUGCAGCUGGAUGGUAAGCCGGCCCUGAAUCUAGCAUCGUUUGUGCACACAUGGAUGCCGGAGGAGGCCACGCGUCUGAUGACUGAGACCAUCGGUGUGAACCUGUGUGACCAAGAUGAGUACCCUGCUACGAUGGCGAUCCACGCCCGCUGUAUUUCGAUUCUUUCGGACCUGUGGAAGGCGCCGAAGUCAGAGACCAAGGAUGGAAAGCGCCUGGCCGCGCUCGGUACUGCUACCACCGGUUCAUCUGAGGCUAUUAUGCUCGGUCUGCUGGCCGCUAAGCGCCGCUGGCAGAAUAAGCGCAAGGCCGAGGGCAAGGAUAUCCACAAUCCUGGCCCUAACCUGGUGUUUGGUUCGAACGUCCAGGUAGCGAUUGAGAAGUUUGCGCGCUACUGGGAUGUGGAAGAGCGUUCGGUCGAUGUAGACGAGUCGACGAACUACUGCUUGGACCCGAAGCGUGCGAUGGAGAAGGUGGAUGAGAACACCAUUGCCGUUGUUGUGAUUCUUGGCUCGACGUACACGGGCCACUACGAGCCCGUGGAGGAGAUGGCUCAGCUGCUCGAUGAGUACCAGGAGAAGACAGGCAUUGAUGUGCCUAUCCACGUCGACGGUGCCUCGGGUGCGAUGGUGGCGCCGUUUGCUACGCCCGAGCACCGCUGGUCGUUCGAGAUCCCGCGUGUGGCGUCGAUCAACACGUCCGGCCACAAGUUCGGUUUGGUGUACCCCGGUAUCGGCUGGAUCGUCUUCCGUUCGGCGGAUCUCGUGCCGGAAGACUUGGUGUUUGAGCUGCACUACCUGGGCUCGGUGGAGUACUCGUUCGGUCUGAACUUCUCGCGUCCUGCUGCGCCGAUGAUUGGCCAGAUGUUCAACUUUAUCCAGCUCGGUCAGGAAGGUUUCCGUGCCGUGAUGGAGGCCGACCUGAAGAACGCGCGUCUGCUGUCGCGUGCGCUGGAGUACAGUGGUCUGUUCACGGUCGUGUCUGAAUGCCACCACCCUGCGACGAAGAAGGUGGAGCACACUACAGAGGCAUCGAAGUACAAGCCGUCCUUGCCUGUGGUGUCGUUCCACUGGACGGACGAGCUGCGUCGUGAGUACCCGAGGAUGGAGCAGGCCAAGCUUCAGACGCUGCUGCGUUCGAAGGGUUGGAUUGUGCCGAACUACGAGCUGCCCCCGCGUCUCGAGACAGUGCAGAUCCUGCGUGUGGUCGUGCGUGAGAGUGUGACGGAGAAUAUGGUUGACACCCUUGUGAAGGACAUUAUCGGCUUCACACGUGUGUUGAUUGAAGACCAGCGCAAGAUCCAGAAGGCGAUUGACAAGAUCGUGACGUCUGGCGACGAGUCGGCGCACACCAAGCUUGAGCACCGCCGCGAGCGCCACCGCCGCAUCCAUCGCCGCAACGAAGAGUCGCUCCGUACCGCGCCUCAUGGCCAUGGCCGUCGCGGCAAGGGCUUUAGCAGCCAGUGCUAA